GAAAUAGAUUCAACUCCACCACCUAAAAUGCCCCAAAAUGUCUUGGGCUUAGACCAUGCCCAAAUUUUGAGCCAUAUAUUGAAAGGUAAAAAGGCAGCAGAAGGGGCUCAUAGAAAAAUGCAAAGUGAUAGUGCAGACAAUUUUGUUGAAAAAGUCGAUGAAAUUCAAGCCCAGUGUGUUAGUCAAGAAGAUCAAAGACAGGCUCUGAGACAGUUCUUGCGUUCUAGAGAGAUUUUGAAAGAUAAACUACGGAAAGGCGAGAAGAACUGGACGACUGACCAGGAAUAUUUGCUGUCGCAGCAAAAGCAAAUGUUCUUGCAGAACUUACAGGCACUAGACGAGGAAAUGUGCGAAGAAGACUAUGUGCCUGAAUAUGAUGAGGAACCAGAAAAAACUUAAUAAAGCAAUUUAUCAAAAAAGAGAUUCUUUAUUUAAGUCAACGUUUUGUAUACAAACAUUUUUUUUUGAUCUACACCUUAUUACCUAUAUAUAACAAAAGAAACGUAUAUAUUUACAAUGUGUUUGGGGUAGAAAAAUGAGCACAAAUAAAAACGAUGUACAUACAAAAAUAA